GGGAGAGACGCCGCUUUUGUCGUAUUUCAACGCUAAUGCCAUAGAGUAGGCAACCGAGUGUACCCAUGUUGAAAGUCGAUCAUUUAGUGAACGGUUACGACGUCGAACGUGUUUGUUUUUUGGAAUAUUGCAUGCUAUCCUCGAAUUUAGGAAGAAAAAUGCCACGGAAAUAUCAGAGGAAGGCAAAUGCACGCCGUAGGGCUUUGUGGACCGAAGAACAAUUGCAAGAAGCCAUUAAUAAAGUUAGUUCCGGUGAGAUAUCCAAAAGAGAAGCCCAUAGGCGUUAUCAUGUCCCACCAAAGACCCUUAAACGUAGAAUGGCCAGUGGUAAUCUUCAGAAAGGGAGUCUCGGACCAGAAGGUGUUCUAGGGCAUAAAAAUGAAAAACGGUUGGUUGUUCACAUCCAACGAUUGGCAGCGGCUGGAUUUGCUCCUGAUAGAAAUACAGUUCGACGGCUGGCUUAUAAUUUUGCUGAGAAGCUGAAAUUGAAACACAAAUUUUCACACAACAGCGGGAUGGCUGGUUAUUCUUGGCUGUCAUCAUUUUUAGAAAGAAAUCCCGAAUUGACAAUAAGGCAAGUUGAAGGACUGUCAUUAUUAAGAGCUCGAGGAAUGAAUAGAGAAGAAACUUCCAAAUUUUUUCAACUUUUGAUUGAUAUCCUAACUGAAAAUAAUUUAUUGGAUAAGCCAUCUCAUAUUUUCAAUAUGGACGAGACAGGUGUUCAACUGAUCAACAAACCUGGGAAAGUACUAACAACGAAAGGUGCAAGAGAUGUCCACGUUUUAACAUCUAAAGAGCGAGGAGAAAAUGUAACGGUUGUUGCAUGCUGUAGUGCCGACGGCAGGUUCAUUCCACCCACGUUAAUUUUCAAAGGUGUAAACCGAAAGGCUGAAUUUUCGGAUGGAUUGCCAGCUGGAUCCAAAAUUUAUAUGAAUAGAAAGUCAUCCUUCAUAAAUUCGGAAUUAUUCCUCAAAUGGUUAAAGGAGCAGUUUAUCCCCAAUAAGCCAUCCGGUAAGUGUUUAUUAAUCCUGGAUGGCCACACUUCACACAGUACUGACGGCGAUAUGCUGCAAGUGGCUGACGAUAACGAUAUAAUUAUCUUGUGUUUACCAAGCCACUGUACCCAGCCACUAGACCGAAGCUUUUUUAAGCCUUUUAAAACUUAUUUUGACCAGGAAGCUCAGUUAUGGAUGAAACACAACGCCAGCAGAAACUUGACGAGAUAUCAAGCCGGUGCAUUAAUUGGAAAAAGUUGGUUAAGAUCAGCAUCUGUGGCCACAGCCAUUAACGGUUUCAAGGCAACAGGGAUAUAUCCUGUUGAUCCUAAUGCUAUUCCGGAUCACUUCUAUUCUAUAACUGAUUCAGCCAUGGCAGAUACUUCCCCAGAAAGAGAUGCUAACCGUCCCAGCUUAGGAUUACCCUCCACCAGCCCUACUAGUUCUGCUCAAGCAUGUGGUAGGGGAGAUGAAGGCGACGGUCCACAAAUCACUCCUUCAAAAUUUUUGCAAGAAGUUUCUCCUAUCCCAAAAGUACCUGUAUCCUUCAAGCAAAGGUUCAAGCAAAGCGCAGCUGUGUUAACAUCACCUGAAAACAUAACGAAGAGGGUUCGCCCUGACAAACAUAACACAACCAAUGUGACAGCGAAGAAAAAGAAACUAAGAGUACAAAAAAAACAGCUAGAGGAAGAGCCAGAAAAAAAUCAAUGGAGCGACAGCGACGAUGAACCUCUGGUCAAAAAGAAAAAUGAAAAUCGGGAACGCUGCGUGGAAUGCUUUGAAGUUUACGAAACGACAACUAAAACAGUGGAUUGGCUGCAAUGCCUUAAAUGCUUAAAGUGGCUACAUGUCACUUGUACCAUGUAUGGUGAAGUGUGUAACAUCUGUUCUAGAUUCGACUUAAGAAAAAGAAAUGAAAAUUAG